CCGACAGCUGCAGCGUUGUGGAGUCUCUCAGAGGAAAUGUUUCCUCUCCAAACAGCGACAAUGACUUCAGUUCAGACUUUGAGAGAGUUUAUUAACGAGCGACUAACUGCUGAUGCUGGAGAAAUCUUCACCGUGUUUGAACAAACUAUGGUCCAGUACAAAGAGGAGCUUGACCGACAGAACAGACUGCUGGAAAUCAUCUUUAAACCUCCGAAGAAGUUCCACAGAACAGAGAGUCCACAGCAACACAUCGGUAAGCACAAGACGAGCUCCAUUCUGGAGCAGGAGGAACAUGAAGCUCCACACAUUAAACAGGAGGAGGAUAUCAUUGAGGUGACUGUUACUGAUGGUGAAAGUGACGAUUCCCUGGACUCUGUGAGAGACUUGACCACCCAGAGACUAACUGCUGCUGCUGUGGAAAUCUUUGCCGUGUUUGAGCAAACUAUUGUCCAGUACAAGAAGGAUAUUGCCCGUCAGAACAGACUGCUGGAAAUCACCCUGAAACCUCAAAUCAAGUUACACAGAAUAGAACUUCAACAGGAUCAUGACUGGAGAAAAGAUCAGGUCUUUAAACAGGAAUCAAGCUACGAUCUAGAGCAAGGAGAACCAGAACCUCCACAGAUCAAAGAGGAACAAGAAGAAUCACAAUGUCUACAGUUUAAAGAGGAAUAUGAGGAGCCAGAACCUCCACAUAUCAGAGAGGAACAACAAGAACCAAGUCAAAGUUACAACCAACAGGAUAAGUUAUUGGUCCAUAUGGAAACUCACACAAGUGACAAGCCAUAUUCUUGUCAAACAUGUGGUAAACAUUUCAUUCUCCAGAGUACUUUGCUGAUCCACAUGAAAAUUCACUCAGCUGAGAAACUGUAUUCUUGUCAAACAUGUGGGAAAAGUUUCACCAUGCGGAGUCAUUUUUCGGACCACUUGAAGACUCACACAUGUUAUUCUUGUUUAACAUGUGGGAAAAGCUUCAGUCAACACUUUCAUCUGUUGCGCCAUAUGAGAAUUCACACAGGUGAGAAGCCAUAUUCUUGUGAAACAUGUGGGAAAUGUUUCCUUCGAAAGAGUAAUUUGUUGGUCCAUAUGAGAAUUCACACAGGUGAGAGGCGGUAUUCUUGUCAGACAUGUGGGGAACGUUUCAUUUAACGCAGUAAUUUUUACUUCCACUUGAGAAUUCACACAGGUGAGAAACCAUAUUCUUGUGCAACACGUGGAAAAAGUUUCAGUCAUAAGUGUUCUUUGUUGAACCACUUGAAAACUCAAACAGGUGAGAAGCCAUUUUCAUGUGAAACGUGGGAAAAGUUUCUGUGCAAAUGAUAAAUUGUUGUGCCAUAUGAGAAUUCACACAGGUUAUAAUGCAUGUGGAAUGCAUUUCAAUCAAAAGCAGUCAUUUGUUGUGUCACAUUAGAACUCACAUAUGAGAAGCCUUUCUCUUGCAAAAUGCGAGAUUCGAUUUUCUAGUCAUGGUUUAUUUCUGCACUUUGGGAAAUCUCCGAAACUUGAGGCUAAAAUCACAAGCGGCAUCAUCCAUUGUUUGAAUGAGUUGGAAUUUAACUCGCUCUCCUGAGAAAAUCAUUCAGGACGUGGAACGUGGCCCAUUUUUCAUGACCCUUCAUACAGAUUAAAGAUAUGGGUGUGACAGCUCCCUGACUGUCGGUGGAUUCCGCAAUCUUUACUAGGUCCGAGAGCCCCCCCAAAAAAAUAACAAUAUGGCCGGAGUCCUUUUUCAAGCGAGCUCCAAGGAGUACAAAACAAUCUACAGUCCUCCCAAUGUCUGCCGUGUCCUGCCUGCCCUCCACUGCUGUCCAUAAUCUCCGGCAUUCUGCCUCGAGUGGCGGCCUUUAACGCCUGGCUCACAUUGGGUCCGUGGUAUCCGGUACGGUCCGAUGCAGAAUUCCCGCAAGACUGUCACUCACACUGCCUCCUGGUGGAACUGCAGUCAGCUGAGCCUCCGGGUGCAGAAACUGUGCUCUCACGAACAGAAGAUCACAUGGAUUCAUGCUCAAGUCGAGAGUUCAACUGAGAAAUACCACACUAAACGAAGAGAUGCAAAUAAAGCCUAAAGCAGAAUUCAGCUCGAACGAGUUUUUGUGUUUUUUUUUGUUUUGUUUUUUUUUGACGCGGAAGUUGAACGCGGGUCAAUUUAGAGGUCCAACGCUGAACAACGCCGGGCCCCCGAGGACACGCGGCGUGUUGACAUGGCUCGUCUCUGGUGGGCAGGAGGGCCUUCCGGCCUUAUUUCCUGUGUUAGCUUAGCAUCAUGGCUUACCCUGUUGCGCGAGUGGUAUUUGCUUAAUAAAGCCAGACAACAACGCCGUCAGCAGACAGUAUGCCGUGCCUGGGUGCACAAUAUUAUCCAGAGACGGUCGGAGUUUGGUAAGUUUCACCAUUUGCUCCAGGAGCUGCACCAGGAUGAGUGUCGCUUUCACCGGUCCCCGCUCCCUGACCUACGUCACCAUAGAGACGCUCUCUGAUUGGUUUGCCACAGAAACGCUGCGUCAGAAGUUCAGAUUUCCAAACUUCAGCGUCGGCCGCAAAAACGCGCUGCCGACGUGAGAACGCCCCGAUGCGCCACAAAAACACGUCUGAAGCACCGCCAGGAUUUUCACUGCCGGUAAACGUGUGUUCGCUAUUGUUUUUCAAUUAUAUUUGGACACAACAACGCAGAAAUCAUUCGACGGUGUGAACGGGCCUUAAAAGAAUACUCCGAAGAUUUUGGACCCACGCCCUAUCCCUGUCAUUUACAAAGUGAGAUAAGCUCAUAAAUACCUUUUUUGUGUCUGUGCGUCCAGUGGCUGGAUCCCAGCUGUUAGCAUCGUAGUUAGCUUAGCUCAACUGCGGGAGGUGAAGAGGAGACAGAGCCGGACUGACGAAAGUGGACAAAAUCCUCCUUCCAGUGGUCCAGCGGAUGGCGUAUUGGCACGCAAAGUAAAUCUGAAUGGUUAUAAAACAUUUUAAAAGAUGUGUUAUCUUUUCAAUCCGUUAAAAUAGCGUUUUGAUACACACAGACCUGCACAAGCAUAGGGCUCGGCGGAAGGAUACACCGGCA